UCUGGUAACACUUUGCAGAAGGCGGGAGCGUGGGUACAUUGAGCAUCAGCCGGCCAAAACUGCAGAUUAGUUUAUAAUCAUAUCUCAAAACAGUGGUCUAACGGCAUUUUAAAUUUCCAUUGCAUCCAAGUUUGCCCGCCCUAGCAUAGCUUUCUGCACAAUGGCUGCUCCGCAAGCACAGCUCGACUUUUUCGCGACGGCGGGAAGUAUGCUGGAAUGGCAUGACAAUCUGGACAGGAAUAAGCCGGGUCUGCUGGAACUGACCGGCGUUAGCCAGCAUGGACGGGCCACGAUGAGUGGACUCAAUGACUACGAUUACCAGACUCUGUCGUUUCUGAAAUCGGAUGGAGCACAUAACCUACAACAACUGCGAACGGUAACCAAGUCGGCCAUCCCCAACGAGAUUCUGGAGCACUUCAAGCACAUAAAAUGCCACUGCACUAUGGGUCUCUUUCCGGAGAUCGGACGCGCCUGGCUGACCAUCGAUUCGGAGAUAUACAUCUGGACCUUCAAUCGGGCAAGGGAUGUGGCCUACUACGAUGGUCUGAGCCAUCUGAUAGUUAGCGUUGGCCUGGUAAAACCAAAACCCGACGUCUUUGUACAGGAUGUCAAGUACCUCCUGAUUCUAACCACGCCCAUUGAGGUCAUUGUACUGGGCGUAACCUUCGGUGAGAGCUCGAACAACGAAAUGCAGCUAAUGAACCGGCCCAUUUUCGUGAUUGCCACCGACAACGUGUCCAUUAGCGUCAUCAAAGGAACGGACGACGGCCGCAUCUUUUUGGGCGGCCGCGAUGGGUGUCUCUAUGAGAUAUACUACCAGGCCGAGUCCAGUUGGUUUGGCAAGCGAUGCAAGAAGAUAAAUCUCUCUCAAGGGCUGGUUUCCUAUAUAGUUCCCAGCUUUCUGAAGGUCUUUUCGGAAGUAGAUCCUAUAGAGCGCAUUGAGAUCGAUAACAGUCGGAAGCUUCUUUAUGUCCUCACGGAAAAGGGUUCCAUUGAAGCUUGGGAUAUCAGUUCGGAUUACACGAAUGCUCGAAGACUGGGUAGGAUCACCCAGAGCGAUAUUACAAAUCAAGCAGUUAGUCUGAUCACGACUGUGGACCCGUCGAUUUUUAAAAGUGUGAAAGCCAUCUGCCCUCUGAGCGCCGACGAUGCCGGCAAACUACAUCUUGUGGCCGUUACUCAGUGCGGUGUGCGACUCUUUUUCUCCACAACAUCCCUAAAUGUGCAGCACCAAUUUGGCCCUACAGUUCCUUGCAGUCCAGGCGAGAAUACAGGAUUUGGUCAGUCAGAAAUUCAACCAUCACUGUCGCCAGGGGCCGAUGCUCCUAAGGGACUCUAUCUGCUCCACGUGCGCCUACCGCCCGGCUACACCCCAAAUGCCACCACCAACAAGCCAAAGCAGGUGCAUGCCGCUCACUACACGGAAGGCACCAUGUUGAUGAUCACAACGCAGCAGCAGGAGCAGGAUCUGCUUUGGUCGGUCAGCUCGGCCCCAUCGGUUAACUUUACUUACCUGGUGGAGUCGACGGCGCUGGAGAGCCUGGAUGGAGUCGUCUGGGGAUUGGCUGAGGUGCAUGAGCCGUCGACGCCUCUGCGGAAGUCACCCUUAAACAGUGCCCGAAACUCCCGCCAAGUAGCGCUGCUCACCAACCAAGGCACACAUAUCAUAGAACUGCUCAAAAUGGUGGACGUGCUGCGGCAGAUUCUUUUGUCGUGCAAUGGUCCGCACCACGAGGAGGUGAAGAUGUUCUUCCAAUCGCAGAAUCAGCGAGAGGCGUGUGUUACGGCUCUGCUGCUGGCCACAUCGGAUAAUUAUCGUGGCGGUGACAUUGCUUUAUGGGCCACCCAGGCGUUUAUGCUGUACGGCGGAGAGCCAUGCUAUCAGCAUCAAAAGUUCCUCAACGCCAGUAACCGCAAUCUGGCUAAUCAAACACUGGGCCAAAAUACUACGAACUUAAGAGAGCGUCAACCUAUGUUUAUGUCCACGCCGAUGCCAAAUAGUGCGGCAAACAGUCCGGUUGGUUAUCCUGGAUCGCAGUUCAAUCAGCCCAUCAGUCCAAUUGGAAAUAUGCAGCCAUCACAGGCGGUUAGUAACGAGAAUUCACCAAUUGUAUUCUCGGCGAAGCACGACGGCCUAUACAUGUAUGUCUCCCGCAUGCUGCGUUCUAUUUGGCAAUUGCGUUGUGUAAAUGAGCACUUUUGCUCCAAUAUGAGUUAUAGUGAUUGUAUCUCCUUGCUAUCCGAUCUGCGAUCCUUGCGCAGCUUCCUGGAAGCGCAUUCUGUGCACGAUAUUUCCUCAUCUACCCGAGUGUCUUUUGACAGCCAUUUGGAAAGAACCAACUCAUAUAACACCAUCAUGAUGAGCAACAGUCUACUGCCAAUUCCUGAGCAACGGAUUUUGUCCGAGCAGGCUCAAGUAGAGGAAAAACGUUCGCUUUCCGCUCUCAACCUCUUUGUCAAACAUGCCUGUGAGGUUAUAUCGCUGUGGAGCAUACUUAACUCGCAUCACUUUCAGCUGAUAUGCUUGCAACUCAGUCCGGAACAUCAGAAGAUGUUGAAGUGCUGCACCUUCCGGGACCUUCUCGUCACACGUUCCGAGGUCUGCGCAUUCUUGAUCAUCUCUCUGAUCAACCUAUAUCUUAAAGAUAAGGCGGGUGUGUCCGAAGUGUCCAUGAACUUGCGGGAGAACUGCCCCAACCUUUACCGCCAUGAGGAUGACGUGACCUACAAAGCCACCGAGUUGUUAAUGAAUGCAAAGAAUUGCACUUCGGCCGCCGAAAAGGACCGAAAACUGCGAACCACUCUGCAAAUGUGCAAGGAAGCUGCUCCCACAUUGCCACUGCAUAGUAUUUGCCAGCAGUUCAUAUCAGCUGACUUCUUCGAGGGAGUGAUCGAGCUUUCUUCUGUUUGUGCCUCAAAAAGUGAUCCGGAGGAGGUUGGUGUACAUUUCUAUAACAAUGGAGAACCCGCCGAGGAUCGUGAGGGUUACACUUGCUUUGCCACAAGGAUGAACUACUACAAGGAGGUGCAACUUAUGCUGGACCAUAUCUAUCAGACUGCAUGCAACAAGUCGCACAUUCAGGAUAAAUCGCCAACUCAACUUAAAGGUACUGCCAACGCCUCCAAUUCCAAAAACGCCGCGAAGCAAACGAUUCCAAAAAUAGUCGCCCAGACCCUGCAGGUGAAGGACCCGCUCAUCCAUGUAACGCUCUACGAAUGGCUGUUGGCUCACGACAUGGUCAGUGAGCUGUUAGACGUGGUCGAGCCGUCGUUAGGAGAGUUCUUGCGACGCAGUGUGUCCCGAAACGGAGAGAAUGUCGUUCUGAUCGAUUUGCUGUGGAAGUACUACGAAAAGAAUGGCCAUCAUUCCCAGGCAGCCCAGAUAUUGGACAAUUUGGCUAUGACACGCAGUGAAAACAUAACCCUGGAGCAGCGCAUUGAGUAUUUGGUGCGGGCUGUUAUGUGUAUGCGAAAUGGCAACGUUGGCUCCUCAAUAACUAAUGGAAUAUUCCUGAAAGAGCUGGAGGAUAAGCUGGAUAUCGCACGAGUGCAAAAAGCAGUGCUGGUGGCAAUGACAGAGUUGGCUCGCGCUAAGCUGGAAGCCGCAACGGCUGUGAAGGAGCUAAACUAUUCGUUGUACGACAUAACUCAGCUUUACCAGCACUUUGCGGAGCCCUUCGACCUCUGGGAGUGCCAAUUGUCCAUACUGAACUGCUCGCAUCACAACGACCCACUUCUGAUCGAGUCCGUUUGGGGCCACAUUAUCAAUAGCGUUGUAGAUGAGCCGGGCACAACUUGUGAGCGCAGCACUAGGUUGUUCACGAAAAUCGAACUUUUGGUAAGGGAGUACGGCGAGUCUGGAGCUUGCUUUCCCUUUGCUUUUCUCAUAAGGGAACUGGAAAUUAAAGCCUGCCAACUGCGAUUGCACGAGGGAAUAGUGCCCGAAAAACUGGUGGCCAUGAAUUUGGACGUUGAACUGCUCUUGGAAUACUAUUCGAGGAUGAUUUCAAUGAACGAAAGAGUGUGGGCCAACGAAGGUAAUGAGUGGCAUUUAAUACAAUCCGCGAUACGAGUGGUCUCCCUCCUGGCAGACAACGCUCAAUCCAUUUGGUACCGUUCAAAACGACGAAUUGUUGGCAAGGCUCAAGACAUAGUGGCCGGCUGCCUGAACAUUUGCUACCAAAAGCCCGACACUAAUCGUCUUCAACAUUCGCUCAAGGAACUUCAGAGUCGGUUGCAGCGAUUGUUGGCUUGAAGCCUGUUUCCUGCGUAAAGUUAUUAUUUUAAUUAAAUUUUUGAAAAUGCUGGACUA